AUGGCUGCGUCCCCAAGCCAUGGGGACCUCUGCCCUGUCACAAGUGCCAAGGCGCAACAGGAGCCUGUGAACAUUGAUAACGACGCGGCCUAUGAGGUCGAAGAUUUUGAUCUGAUUCACCAUGAAGACGCUGACGACGCGGAAGCAUCGGAAGAUGCUGACGGUUUCAGCGCAGCCGCGGAGGACCCAGAACCAGAGCUCGGACCAGAGUCCGCGUUAACACACGCUGUGCGGGAAGCGUACAUGCGUGACUUUGCAGCAGCCGCGGAAAGCCGGACUUGCUUUCUGAGCAGCAGCGCUGGCAUACUUCGCAGCCUGGCGGGAAGCAGACCUGAGGCGUGCCCCCGCAAAAUGGCAUCCAUUGUCCAGUUUCCGUUUCGGCAACCACUCGAACUGUACACGGACUGCGAGGGUGUCGUGGAUGACUACCCGGAGGGCACACUUAGCACCUGGCCCCGUGGAGCUCUGAAUGGAUGCCCUUGUUGUGGGGACACUCUCAGGUGCAGCAGUGCAGUGCCGCAGCGCCAGGGGUCGUGGAAGAAGCAGCAGCAGUGGAGGGGCCGGAGCCUGGACUGGAGCGCAGAGGUGGCGGCAGGCAGCCCUGCCGCCACUGAGGGCAAUCCCGUUCCCCCAGUCCCGUCAGCCGGCGCAGCAGCCCUGGGAACCAUGGCAGCAGCGGUGUCCGCGUGCGCCGCAGUGCUAGGGACGGCAGUGCUCGCGUCGACUGACUGGCUGCUUCGGGACACCUGCAGCCCCGAAGCCGCAGGGCCCGGCCCCACGAGCUUGCACUCGGUACAUUUCGAUGCCUGCUAA